AUGUCACUUGUUCCGUACGAUAUUGAUAGCAGCGACAGCGAAUUUGAUAACAAUUCUCAAUUGAAACUAAAAAAGAAAAAAACAUCUCAACCAGUAAGAAUAAUAAUAGAAAACCCUUCAAGUUCCGAGGAUGAAGACGAUUCAAGCAGACAUAGAAAUGAAACGAGGAAAUCGAAUACACGAAACGACUUAUUCGCGAUCUUACCAUCCCCUAAGUCGAAAAGAACCAGUUUGAUCCUGCCACGAGUGCUGCAGAUGAAAACCGCCGGGUCUCCAAUAUAUCCGGAAAAACCUCCCUCUGCGGACUUUAAAGAAAAACGAGCGAAAAAGAAUCGUAAGCGAGCCCCGGACAUCCAGGGAUAUCAAGGCGCGAGCGGGGAUUUUCGGAACAUCCCGGAGGGGACGUUUUGUACAGAUAAUGGUCAGGUCGUGAAUUGUGCACCGGACGUCCGAGAUCCCGUGGUGUUGAGAAAUUCCGAUUUCAGGGAACUCUUGAACACCGGGAAGAGCCCAACCGUUCUAAUGAACAUCGAGGGUGCGGACCUUUUCGAGUACAGGAACCGAGUGAAAGCGCUUACGGAUCCGGAACAGGUCGUACAGCUGACUUUAGACCAAGCGGUAAAUAGAACGUGUAAAAAGAAAAACCACAUUAACUACUUACUGCAAAUGGCGAAAACGAACGAGCUGAGUUUAAAGAAUAAAUGGUCGCUUAAUAAAUAUACCAGGCAACAAACUAAAGCUAAAUACGGCUUUUAA